CACUUAUAGGGGGCACUGAUUGGCAGCACUGAUAGGUGACACUGAAAGGCAGCUCAGAUGGGCACUGAUAUGUGGCAUUGAUGUGCACUGGUGGGCACUGAUAUGUGGCAUUGAUCAGGCACUGAUGGGCACUGGCAGGUGGCAUUGAUGGGCACUGAUAGCUGGCACUAAUGGACACUGACAGGUGGCACUGCUGGGGCUACACUGCUCAUCAGGGCACACUGAUCAUCAGUGCCCUGAUGAUCACUGUCAGCGUGACAGCUCAUGAGGAGAGAAAUGCCGAUAACCGGCAUUCUCCUAUUUACAUGCACAUC